CUUCUACAUACAUAUGUACAAAAAAAAAUAGAAAAUGCUGGGGAAAAGAAUAGCUUCAUUCAAGAACUUAGCCAAGAAAGUGAAGAGCAUCAACACUAGAGGCGGCGGCUCCGAAUCAACUCAUAACGAGUCUCUUCUGAUCACUGAGGUGGACGUUGCGGCAACCAAGACGCCUACGGGAACAUUUGCGGUGUAUGUAGGGGAAGAGCGCGUGAGGCGCGUGGUACCGACGAGCUAUUUGAACCACCCUUUGUUCAGGAUGCUCCUAGACAAGUCACACGACGAAUUCCACUAUUUGGAUCAAAAGGUUAUGUUGGUCGUCCCUUGUAGCCUCUCCGUUUUUCAAGACGUCGUUAACGCCAUCGAGUCUUGUAAUGGUAACUUCAAGUUCGGCGAUUUUGUCGAGGAGUUUCUUUGA